GAACAACAUGGCAACUAAUAUCUAUGAUAGCAACGGGUGAAAGAUGAUUUUCGAGUAAAAUGGUAAGCAAAGUGAAACAGGUAUAAAUUUAUCAGCUGAAGCUACUCCAAUCGGACAUCUUUGUUGGACAUCUUUUUGAAUGGUAAAGGCCUUUACAUGAUAUUACUAUGAGGCUACCGGUACUUAAAUACAGAUUGCUUUUUUAUGCGUUUGGAAUUAUUGCUUUUAUCGCCAUUAACAAAAUCAUCAAUGCCUCAAACCGAGAAGUGACACGUACAGAGAGGUUUUUAUCCAAAAACUGGGCCACCGAAAACUGCGUUACAGAAUGGUCCAAACAAAUUAAAAUAUGCAAUGGUGAAUUUGCUAUUUUAAAUAAUGUGCUACUAGAGCCAUUUAACAGCGACAGAACUGAUCCAAAUCCAGAUCCAAAGUUUACAAUCAAAUGCGAUUCAUUACCAGACGUCAAAUUUCAACGUGAAAAUCAUUUAAAUAAGUGGUAUGAUAACAUAAUUUGCACUCCAAAUGAUGUUGUUCAGACGAAAAUACCAGUGGAAAACCAUUUGACCAUAAUGGUCCGUAGGUAUGAAUAUGCAAAUCUCUACCAUACCAUGACUGACUUUUACAAUGUCUUUAUUCUAAUUAAAGAACUAGGGGCUUCUUUCAAUGACACAAACAUUCUGUUGUGGGAUUAUCAUCCAUCUGGAUUAUUGGAUGACACAUGGCUGGUUCUUUUCAAUCGAGUUUAUUCUAUCGAAGAUGUCCGACCUAAAAAAGUAUUGAAAAAGUUAGUUUGGGGCAUCAUUGGUUACAACAGUCCAAUGAGUGCCUUUCAUCUUCCCAGAAUUCCAUUAGUCGAAGAUUUUAGUGAAUUUUUUCUCUCGCGCUACGAGAUAAGACCCAAAUUAAAAUUGAGUUGUGAGCGAUUAAAUAUUCUAUUUAUUUGGAGACAUGAUUAUGUGGCACAUCCCAAUAAUCCAUCUGGCUUGAUCCAGCGGAAAAUUUUAAACGAACAAGAAAUUUUAAGGGCAGUGCAGAAGUCAAAUCCACGUCAUUCUGUUGAAGGUGUGCAACUGGAUGUGCUGCCAAUGAGAAAGCAGUUACAGCUGAUAGCGCAUACUGAUAUAUUAGUAGGAAUGCAUGGCGCUGGCUUAACCAACACAUUAUUUCUGCCCAAGCAUGCAGGUUUGAUAGAACUCUUUCCAUACGUCGUAUUUCAAAGUAAAUGGGUUGGUGCAUACCUCCAUUUUGAAUCCAUAGCAAGAUGGCGGAAGUUGAAAUAUAUACCAUGGAGAAAUCCAGAUAAAGAUAAUCAAUACCAACAAUACAAUACUAAAAUACAUCCUGAUGUUGUUACAGAUCUAGUAUCUCAAAUGAAAGCUCAAAUUUGCUAGGGAAACACAAUGGCACAGUCGGUAGACACUUGCCCUCUAACCUGAAGGUCCAGUGUAUUGGCAUUGUCCAUGUCCAUCCUUCCAUCCAUUGCUCGUUAACACUCUCUGAAGCACAAUUCUUGAUGGGUUUUGAUAAAACUUGGUGUGUGUGUUUGUUAUCACUCAAGAAUGAAGAAGAAUCAAAAAUAUUUAGUAUGAGAUAUGGCACUUGUUCUUGAAAGUGCAUUCAAAUUAUGUAUUAUAGAAAGCUUUAAUAUCAAACCAUAUUUAAGGAAAUAGAUAUUAUGACUGUAGAUAUAUAUAUAUAUAUAUAUUGAUAGUUUAUUUGUUUUAUGAUUUUUUAAAAUUAUGUUUGUUGAAUCCAUUUAAAAAAAUUUUUUGAUAAAGAACUAAUGU